AUGAAGAGGAGAGGAAGGUCAUUUUUGGAGGAUUGCAUUCACCUUGCCAAUCUAACAGAUGACACUCUCGAGGAGGAAUUAUCAAAUUUGGCGUGUUUUACCUAUCGAUCAUCUUUCAUUUUAGCUAAUGGUGGCACCGGUCGUAGAGAGGGAAGUGUUUGUGAUCUCAAACUUCAGCGUGACAUGUACCUGCAAGAAGUAAAGAGGGCUUAUAUUUAUCUUGCAGAGAUAAGUGCUCCUUUGAGCACCUUCGAAUUCUCUGGUUCUUUAGUUAGUCAAUAUGAGAAUGGUUUAGUAUUGAAUCUCAUACAUGUUUCCAUUUCACCGAUUCAAGAUACUGUUAUUCUUUAUCUGCAGGUUCAUGCUUUGAAGAACAUUUAUUCGAUCAGCCGGCAUCCUGAAUUCCGUUACAAAACAGAGUUUCAGAGUCACGAGCUCGAGUUUGACUACCUUAAGAGUUUGGAGAUAGAAGAGAAAAUCAACAAAAUCAGAUGGUGCCAAAUAGCUAAUGGUGCCCUUUUCCUUCUCUCGACAAAUGAUAAAACCAUCAAAUUUUGGAAGGUUCAAGAAAAUAAGGUCAAGAAAAUUGUUGAGAUGAAUGUUGACCCUUCUUUGAAAACAAUGGGAAAUGGCAGUAUUGCUAGUUCAAGUAAUUUAAGUAAUCCUAAGCCAAGCCUUGAAAAUGGAGGAUAUCCUGAUUCAGAUAGAUCAUUCAACUAUCUUAGCUCUGACUUCUCAUUUCCACCCGGAGGCAUACCGUCACUAAGAUUACCCGUGGUAGUAAGUAGUCAUGAAACAAGCUUGGUGGCUCGAUGUCGUAGAGUUUAUGCCCACGCACACGAUUAUCAUAUCAAUUCUAUUUCAAAUAACAGCUUUUAUUUAUGGGACAUUAAUAUGGAUUCAGGUCCUGUUGCUACUUACCAGGUUCAUGAGUAUCUAAGACCUAAGGUUAGGUUCUUGUGGUUGGAUAAGGGAUGA